CUCCAAAACAACAUGGCGUCGCCGGGUUCGAGCGUUCUUUACUAAACCCAAAAACGAAGCUGUCCGCCGUAUUUUCUUCUCUCUGCGCGUCAAGAUGACGUUAUACCCGAACGAGUAUGUUUCUCUGGAGCAGCCGCACAACAAUUAUUGGAACCAUAAACAAAAAGUGCAGUGGAUGCUGAUGCUUUUCUCCGGGUGCCUGUACCUGUACGCGGCGCGUAUGGCCAUGCCCAUCACCGUGACUGUGAUCAGCGGCCAGACUGGCUGGAACAAGACCACCGCCGGCGUGGUGCUGUGCUGCUUCUUCUGGGGCUACGCGCUCACCCAGGUGCUGGGGGGCUACCUGGGCGACCUCUGGGGGGGUGCCAAGGUGGUGCUGGGCUCUGCCCUGGGCUGGUCCCUGCUCACCCUCUACACCCCCGAGGCCACCCGCUGGAACCUGGCCACCCUGCUGGUGGCGCGCAUUCUCCUCGGCGCAUUCCAGGGGCUCCACUUUCCGGCCAUGUCUAGCAUCAUAGUCAACCACCUGCGGCCACAAGAGCGGACCUUCUUCACGAGCGUCGUGGCGGCCGGUCCGUCGUGCGGCCUCCUGUUAAUCGGCAGCGUCGGCUCCAUGGCGAUGGUGUCCCAUGGCUGGCCCGUUGUGUUCAAGCUCACAGGGAUGCUGGGCAUCGGCUGGUGCUUCGGGCUGGCCUACCUGAUGCACCGGCACGGGAGCAAGCCCGGCAAGGCCUCGAAGGUGGCCCCCAAAGUCGCCUCGGCCCCGGCGUUCCGGGUACCCUGGAUCGCAUACUUCCGCAGCCCUUCCUUCUGGGUGAUUCUGCUGGCCCACUUCACGGAGAACAACUCCUACUUCAUCCUGAUCUCCUGGCUGCCUACCUAUUUCCACGAACGCUUUCCAGAGGCCCAGAUGUGGGUGUUCAACAUGGUUCCGUGGAUCAUCACCCCCAUCUGCAGCAUCGGCGGAGGCACCCUGGCCGACUACCUCAUCAAAAGGGGUCAUCCUGUGUCCCGGGUCCGCAAGCUGCUUGAGAUGGCGUGCCAGCUGAGCAAGGCAGCGCUCCUCCCGCUGGUGCCCUGGUGCAGCUACGCGGGAGCCCUGACGUGUGUCACGCUGGCCGUGGCCUCGUCGGGGUUCCACAACAGCGGCGUCUUCAUCAACCCCCAGGACAUCGCCCCGCUCCACGCGGGAUCCGUGUUCGGCCUCAUGAACACCGUCGGAGCCAUUCCAGGCGUGGUGGGGGUCUACCUGGUGGGGUACGUGGUGGACGCCACCCGCAGCUGGGCCCUCAUCUUCCAUACGACGGCCCUGCUCAACGUGCUCGGCUGCGGAUUCUUCCUCGCCUUCGGACGGGGUCACCCCGUCCUCUCCUGAGCGAAGCUUUCCUCGCUGGGAGCGUGCCUAGUCAUCAAAGUAUGGGCGUCUCGGACGUCCAAGGUAGUGGACCAGCCGGGGGCGGGAGCAAGUGCCUUAUUGCCUGCCUCGCCACAUGUCCCCGUUUGCCAUUAAAGGGCCGUGUUUGUCGUUGCUUUUUUCACGAGGGA